UUAUGUUACCGAUACAUAAGUCGUUCCCUGCAUUAAUUUAUACUGUGGGCUGGCGGCAAUGCGUAUGCUUUUACUAUACUGGGACACGCGCAAAUAACGCGCCUUAUUUGGUAAUGUUCGCGGUCCUCGAUCGUGAUUGGCGCUCGCAGUCGCUAUAGUCCGUUGAUAGCAUCACGCGUUCCCGCUUCCCGCGCCCGCUCUCAAGUCAGUCUAUGUCGUCGUUCGUCUUGUAACAGUCGUGUGUGCUAAGAUAAAUGUUCCGUGAUUGUAAAGUGUCAAGGCUCCUCAUUGUACGAUAAUAAACGCUGUUGUACCUACCUAAGUCCACUAAUCUUUCAUUUCUAACAUCUGGUCCAUUCGAGUCGGACAGUUAAUAUUAAAGUGCAACCGCGUCGCGUUCCGCGUGCCUCAGUCAGGAUACCUACCAGUGAACUCGUUUCAUCACAAUGGUGGGAACAAGAAGCACGGCGAGGGAACCACUCGAGGAGCCAUCGUCCAUCACGGAGUCACCCCGACCUAUAGUCACUAGCGGCGGCACUCAAGAUGAAACGCUGCACGACACGGCCGCAGCACUGCCGCCCGGUGGCACUUCGGCACCCGUCGCUCCCGUCACAACUGCGUCCAAUGGGUCGCACGCCACCACGACGGCGGGAGUACCACAGCCAAACGACACCAGCCAGCCGUUGAGAGACCUAACGGCGGCUUUAUUAGAGGUAGUUCGCGGGGUUCGCCCCGCACCCGCGACUCACAGAUGCCUUGGCAAACGGACAUGGAAUCACAGAUGCAAAGGGAAGAAGUGCGAAGCGCAAGGCUGCGAGUACUACCACCACAAGCUGCUGCACGACGACGCAGCGCAGCCAAUGAAGAGUGACAACGGCGUGGCGGCACCACGACAGCGAACGCAAAGCAACAGAGCCGGAGGUCAAGCGACUGUCUUCGAGUCGUGUAGCAACGCGACUACAGCAGCGGCGGGAGCACUGCGUUCGGUGCAAACCUACCUCAAAGUUUUACCAGUUCAAUUAUCGGGACCACAUGGUGAGAUAGAUACUUAUGCCUUAUUAGAUGACGGGUCCACCAUUACAUUGCUGACAUCAAGUCUGGCAGACAAGAUUGGUGUCGCUGGGCCAGCAGCACCUUUUGUCAUAGAGGCCAUAGCAGGAGCGCACAUCGACGCUGUUAGCUCCCAGCGAGUAAAGUUCUCCAUUAAAGGUAAGUACACAAAUAAUAAAAUUAAUAUCGAGGCACGUACCAUAGAUAGUUUGAACAUUUCCCCCCAGUCUGUGCCAACCGAAGCCCUAGCUCAUUGUGAACAUCUACAAGACAUUAGUGACCAACUUGUCUAUGCAACAGCGGAACCACUUAUACUAAUAGGACAAGACAAUUGGUCCCUGCUCAUUGCAUCUGAGGUACGACGUGGUAAGCUAGAACAGCCAGUGGCGUCGCACACACCUCUCGGCUGGGUGUUACACGGACAAAAAAGAGUAUGUCCCUACGGUCGCGGUGGCUACAUGCUGCAAGAGCGUUUUCAUUGCAGCCAUGCACAUAUGAAAGACGAAGCCCUUGAACAAUUAAUAAAGGAGCACUACGAUUUGGAGUCAUUGGGAGUAGAGCCGCGCCGACCUCAAGCUGACCCUGAAAUCCGCGCAUUGCAAAUAUUGCAGAAAACAACCAAAGCGCUAACCGAGGGUGGCUAUGAAACAGGUCUACUAUGGAAAGAAGAAGGUAAGCCUUUCCCUAAUAAUUAUCAGGCUGUGCUCGGUAGAUUACAGGGCGUAGAAAAACGACUUAAGAAAAAUCCAGCGUUGAGUCAGAAAUACAAAGAACAAAUGCAUUCUCUGUUUGAAAAUAAAUACGCCGAACUCGCCCCGACAGCGCCGCCUGUUGGCAACACCUGGUAUCUGCCUCAUUUUCCGGUAGUGAACCCCUCAAAACCCGGUAAAGUUCGUAUAGUUAAAGAUGCAGCCGCACGUACCGAUGGUGUUUGCCUUAAUGAUUAUUUAUUAACUGGCCCCGAUCUGUUACAAUCUUUACUAGGUGUCCUUAUGCGGUUUAGACAGAAACCAGUUGCAGUAGCCGCUGACAUAAAGGACAUGUUCCUCCGCAUAAAAAUAAGAGUGAGCGAUAGAGACGCUUUACGUUUUCUAUGGCGUGACGAGACAGACCACGCACCCAUGGAGUACAGAAUGACAUCUCUUCUCUUCGGUGCCACUUCGUCACCUAGCACUGCAAUCUAUGUGAAGAACCAUAAUGCUCUGUUACAUCAAGAAGAAUUUCCCGAAGCUGUAGAUCCUAUAAUAAACAAUCACUAUAUGGAUGACUAUUUACAGAGUUUUGACACCGCGGCUGAGGCGAACCGUGUGGCUCAGGCAGUGGAUGCUGUACACCGUCGAGGCAACUUCGUGCUGCAGAAGUGGGCAUCGAAUGACAGCAACGCCAUCGCCGGUCUCGCAGUAGAGCCCAUGACUCCUAAUGUCAACAUCAAUGAAGAAGAAAAAAUAUUGGGGCUCGUUUGGCGAAUAGCCGACGACACCCUGGGUUUUAAUUUAUCUAAAUUUUCCUUCAACAAUAGUAUUACUAAACGUCAAUUGUUGAAAGAAGUUAUGUCUCUCUAUGAUCCUUUAGGCCUUGUAACGCCAGUUACCAUCCAAGGCAAACAAAUAUUACAAGAGGCUUGGCGCAGUAACGUUGGGUGGGAUGACCCCUUACCAUUUAAAUUAGAACAAGUUUGGCAGACUUGGUUAAUUUCUUUACAAGGUUUAAAGGAUGUAGCACUACCCCGAUGUUACCCAUUAUUUAGUUCAGCAGAGACACUUGAGCUGCACGUUUUUGUUGACGCGAGCGAAGUCGCCUACGCCGCUGCGGCUUAUUGGCGGUCAGUAAACGACAAAGGCGAGGUACAGGUCUCGCUCGCGGCAGCAAAGGCACGUGUGGCCCCCAUUAAGAUUGUUUCUAUACCUAGACUUGAAUUACAGGCAGCUGUUCUGGGUGGUCGGCAGCGCACGCCGUCGAGCUUCAUCACUCGCGUCGCCCGGAUCGUCGCGUGCUGUGGACUGACUCGCGCACCGUGUUGUCGUGGCUGCGCGCGGGCUCGCGUUCAUUCAAACCCUUCGUAGCGCACCGCGUGGCCGAACUGGAAGAGACCACAACGACCUCGGAGUGGAGAUGGGUGCCCACAGCUGACAACGUCGCCGACGACGCUACUCGUCGCGUACAGACCGACUUCACAGCUGCACAUCGUUGGUUUCGAGGCCCGGAAUUUCUAUACAUAGAAGAAAAAUUCUGGCCGCACGACAAGGACCCGCUCCAUUCCACAGAAACUGGCGAAGAACGUGUGGCUGCGACCACCAUUCGCCCGCAACUCAAAGAUGCCCUACCCGAUGUGUCGAGAUUCUCAUCCUGGAUCCAUCUAAUCAGAUCAACCGCACGCAUACUGCAAUUCAUCGAUCGCUGCAAAACCCACACCGUCACCGCCAUGCGUAGAAAACGCACUCGCUGCACUCCAUCUGAGGACCCUGACUGGACAGGCGUCCAACCCCGGUCAUCCCGCGCUAGCGCAAGAACGACUCCACAGCGCAACCACAGCAAUGCUAGCGCCUCCCGCACCUACGUGCCCCUCGCAGCCUUUUACACGCGCCGCGCUGAACUCAUAUGGACACGCGCCCUUCAGGAAGACUGCUUUUCGUCGGAGCUACGUGACAUCACCGGCGGGAGGAGACUAUCUACUGACAGUCGCCUUCGACAUCUAUCCUUGACUACGGACCAAAAUGGCGUAAUGAGGUUACGCUCUCGAACUGCCGCCGCGACUGAUAUCAACGAGGAAACUCUGUCCC